AGCUCAAUCUGUUAGAGUGAAAGUAGAUGGGCACAAAUAUAACUAUAGUGAAAGUAGAUGGGCACCACUGCAAAAUCUAGUUUUUAAAAUCUGAGGACCGAUUCUCUAUUUUCUUCUCCCAAAUUUGCAACACAGUAGCUCAAUCUAUUACAGCAGCCACUCUGAUCUCUCUUUCUCUCUAUCGAAGGGAAAACAAAAAGAAUGGCAUUCCUACUCAAAAGUUCAAUGAUUUCUUCUCGCUUUCGAUCUCAUUCUCAGAACACAGAGAAAGGCUUACUAUCUAAUUCGAGUCGUGGAUUCCAUGUCGAACCUGGGACUCGCGAGAAAGCUCUCUUGGCAGAAGACCCUGCUCUUAAGCGAUUCAAAUCACAUAAGAGUAGUGUCCGGACACUCAAAAGAGUUGGAGAUGUUCUCACUAUUGUAGUUGUUGCAGGCUGUUGCUAUGAAAUUUAUGUUAGAGCUACUAUGAGGGAGGAGGCUCGGAAACAGGCAGGUGAAAUUGCAUAACGGAGUACAGUAACUUGCAAUGUUCCUUUAAUGAUCCUUUUCACUACUCAUGAUAACAUAAAGAUCUUGUCCGAGUGUUAAAUAAGCAAGAACAAUCUUCCUGUGAUCAAAUUCUUGCCCUCAAGAGUUGCUGUUUUUUGCUUCUGUUAGAAUUUUGUGUUUGAUGGACUCGAAUAUUCCCCAGCCUUUCAGUCCAUGGUGAAAGAUAUAGGUUUUGGAUCCUUGAUUCUCAUCUAAGGAUCAUCCCCAAUAUGUAACACACCAACUGAACAAGCUCCAGUUGGCAAGGUAGUACAAAUGUUGAUUAAUAAUGGCAUUAAAAAAUAGUCUGAGACAUUUAUGAGGAACAGCUGCUCCAUUUUUUUUCCCAA